ACCCACUCAGCACUUUUUGACACCAUGCUACAUCUCGCGACUAUAAAUGCUACAUCAAAAAGACGAGUAAAGUAGAUCACAGAGAGCUGUCACGCUGUUUUCAUAAAAAUCAAUUUCGAGGAGACGAGGCCCGACGGACUGGCAGAGAAAGACGGGUCUCAUCGCGCGCAGCGCGUUCUCGACACAACCGCGGGAGUUGCUGUUUGAGCUCCAACGGAUGUGUCGGGGACGCGCGGUGCGCGGCUCCGGGCAGACUGGGAGCGCGUGCUGUCAUUCACUCGACUCGCAUGCUUUGAUUGUCGGGAAGUUGGCGUCCGUGGACUAAAGCUGUGAGAUGUCCACUGUGACGCAGCCCGCUAGCGACCGGCGGGCUGCUCGUCGACGGGAAGCCGAAGAGCCGCCGACGGACUCCCAGAGAAGAUGGCUUCCUCCCCAGCCCGAGCCCGGACGGACGGCGUCACACCCGGUCCAUGGCAGUCGGAUCCGCGACCCCGCCACCAUGUGGCCCCACCUGGACGACCCCACCACCAGGGAGCCUCGGUUCGACGACUGCGAGCGCAUGGGCACCUUGUUCGGGACCCUCAACAAGUGCCUGCGGCAGAUGGGUUUUGGCCAGAUGUACUUUGGGGAGAAGAUUGUGGAACCGGUGGUGAUUGUGUUCUUCUGGAUGCUGCUCUGGUUCCUGGGAAUCCAGGCCCUGGGGCUGGUGGGCACCGUGUGCAUCAUCAUCAUCUACAUCCAGAAGUGAAGAGGGCGGAGGGGCGGAGCCUGCUGUUUUUCUUUGCUUGACACUUGACAUAUGCAGGAUCUAUAUACGCAGUGGGUCUAUGCUUUAGGGGGAGGGGGGUGGUGAUGCUUGAUUCAGGAGGUUGAAAGUGCUACUUUGGAGUGAUAGCAUUGAUCAGCUGAUUUAAAGGAACACACUGCUUGUGUCUCUCAGGAACCAUCUCUAGCUUCAAAGCUUCUCAUCCUCUCCAACAUGCAGUUUGUUAAUGUUGUGUUCAUCCAAUAAGCAAUUAUAACGUGCCGUAAAAUCUCUGUAAUUGAUACUUGGGAGGGACAACAUACUUAUGGCUGGUGAAUGCGCUAAUGCAGUGUCUCCCCUCCCCUAUAGAGGCGGCUCACACUGACACUGAGCGCACAUACAGGUGAGCACACUCCCACCGGCCAACAAAGACCUUGCAGUGAGAAACGACGCUGUCCCUCCAGUUCUGUGUGGACAUUGUGAGACAGCUGUGGAGCGCGAUGGCCAGGAAAAAACUUUCUCUUCACUUCUAGACAAGGGACACUUGUCCUUUCAAUGCAGAUUUGUCACAUCAGAACACAGCUGAGUUCACAGAUCGAGUCCUGACUUGACAUUUCAAUACCUGAGUGAUGAAGCGGUCACUGGAGUGGCUUUCAACAUAUCCUUUCCUAACAAGUCUUCAGCAUGAAGUGAUUUAGUUAUUUAAAGGUUUUUAUUUUGAAGUGGCGCAAAACCUGUAACUGUUGGGUUUUCAUCAGCAGUAACUUAACACAGCCUUCCACGUUGGUUGAGUACCUUUGACCCCAAAUGCCUCUUGUUCCUGAGUCAUAUCACAACCAUCCUCUUCCAUCAGGUCGCGGCCUCCUCAAGCUCAGGGGUUAGUCUCUGAAAAAUCAAUGUGUUCUUAGCCUCAAAUGUACAAACCCCAAACUGAAGGAUCUCCCCCCCAGACUCUGCCACUGAAUGACACUUUAUGAUGGAUCGCCAUUAAUGAAUAUCAAAUAAAAACGAUGUCAUCAUUUAGUUUCACUCAAUUCACAACAGUUCAAACAGCAUUUGAAUGCAGGGCGGUUCUUUUUAUGAGACGUUGUCAUGGUCUGUGUCUCCUACAUAUAUAUGUACACUCUCUGGUGAUGCGAGGCGUCCAGGCCAUCUUAUAUGUGCUUCAUCUACGCACGCACACAGUUCAUUUACUGUAAUAAUUCCAUUUUUAACAGAAGGAAAAAUCAAACAUUCCUGUCACUUUA